GGAGGAAACGUGAGUGGAUCCGGUGUUUUUUUUUUUUUUGUGUGUGACAGUCGGUCAGUGAGACACAAACAAACCAGCAGCCUCCGGAGAGCCGGGGAAGGUUCUGAUCCAAACAGGAGAGCAUGGAUGGAUGGAUGGAUGGAUGGAUGGAUGGAUGGAUGUGGGGAUGAAUCAAUGAAACGUGUUCAUGCAGCUGCUGUUGUCCCUCCUGACUUCAUGCGUCCACUCAGUUUUUUAAAGGACUCAUAAACUCAUCACCUCUUCGCUCUCCAUGGUGCUYGAAGGCAGAGGGAUGGACGGGAUCGGGACCACCAUGCAGAAGAAGGCUGCUGAGCUGGAGCGCCUGGCCGAGGUUCUGGUCACCGGAGAGCAGCUGAGGCUGCGGCUCCACGAGGCGAAGGUGAUCAAGGAUCGGAGGCACCACCUUCGAACGUACCCCAACUGCUUCGUGGCCAAGGAGCUCAUCGAUUGGUUGAUGGAACAUAAAGAAGCUGCAGAUCGGGACACAGCCAUCAAGAUCAUGCAGAAGCUUUUAGACCAGUGCAUCAUUCACCACGUUUGCGAYGAGCACCGGGAAUUCAAAGACAUGAAGCUGUUUUACCGCUUCCGUAAAGAUGACGGCACCUUCCCGCUGGAUAAUGAAGCCAAGGUCUUCAUGAGGGGCCAGAGGAUCUAUGAGAAGUUGAUGAACACAGAGAAUAACCUGAUUCAGACUCGAGAGGAGGAAGGAGAGCCGUUUGAGCGGACUCUGGUGGGCUCAGAGUUCGUGGACUGGCUGCUGCAGGAGGGGGAGAUGCCUUCCAGGGAGGAGGCGGAGCAGCUGGGCCGGAGGCUUCUGGAACACGGCAUCAUUCAGCACGUCACCAACAAGCAUCACUUUGUCGACGGCCCUCUGCUCUACCAGUUCCGGAUGAACUUCCGGCGGCGGCGGCGGCUGAUGGAACUUCUUCACGAGCGCAGUCGCAGCAUCCCUGAGAGCCACGACAGCCCCUUCUGCCUGCGGAAACAACAGUCGGACGGCGGCAACACCAGCUUCCUCUCAGAUCGUGGGCGACGCUGUGGGCUGGGGCUUUGUGGUGCGAGGCAGCAAACCCUGUCACAUCCAGGCCGUGGACCCCGGUGGACCUGCUGCUGCCGUGGGCAUGAAGGUUUGUCAGUUUGUGGUGUCGGUGAACGGACUGAACGUCUUGUGUCACGACUACCGGACCGUCAGCAACCUGAUCCUGACGGGGCCCAGGACGAUCGUCAUGGAGGUGAUGGAGGAGGCGCAGGUCUGACAGGAGAAGCUCUUCAGACGUGCAGAAGAGGCGCGGGGGAUUGUUGGUACCUGAACUCAAACCACACAAAGAGACGGACGUGGAUCACCUGAAGCACAGCGCACAUUUGUUCUUGUUUAGAGGAGGAAAGUUUCAGAACAAAACAAACUCAAUCUGCGGAGAAAGGAUGCAGCUUGUUCAGGAUUUGACUUUUUCUUCUAAAGCAAGAGGAAAACAUCUGUGAUCCAGCUGUUUGUGCCAACAAAGACUGUCAAGUUUUAAUGAGAACACUUAUCAUGUGUGGAGUAAAAACAAAAAAAUAUAUAUCUACAUACGUGUACAUGUAAACCUGUGUUCCUGGUUUGUGUUCAAACUGAAACACAUCUUCCUGAUCACAGGAAACAAUAAAAGUGAGGUCACAAGGACGGGAAUAAACCCUGACAUCAUGACUCAGAGCUGAACAAAUCAAAGGUGAAAGUGUCAAAAAUAAUCAUAAUUACUCUGUGAACACAUUCAUGACCUCUGCCACAGUCAGAUAAUGUCAGUUUAUCUGCUGCUCCACACUGYCCUCUGCUGGACAAGACAGGACGAGGAACAUUUCAAAUCUGGUCACAAAAGCUUUAGUUCUUUUAUUUGUCCCCCUUUUUUUGAGGAAAGAUAAAAAUAAACAUCAUAAGUACUGCCACGURUCAAUAAAUAAGUGAAAAAUAUGCCAAAGCAUAUUAAUGUUUAACUGCCAARCGUUAAAGAAGCUAUAGAGAUAAACAGCUUAACAGUGUAUUUUUAUAUAAAAACACGAAAACCCUUUGCUAUAAUUAGACUAUCAGAAUUGUAUUACAUUAAAUAACACAGCAGCAGCACUGAGUUGUUUUAUUAAGCUUUUUUGUUUAUUUUAGAAAUUGAGCAAACUAAGUUUUAUUCUUUGUUAUUUGAUAAUCAAACCAGAAACUUAGAGACUAUUACAUUUGAGAAUUUGUUUAAAAGUAUUAAACAGUUCUAGAUGUGUUUUAUUUACAAUAAAACUUUCUAAGAGUUUAAAACCUGUUGUGCUCAGCAGCACAAGUAAAGGAAAUUUAAAACAGCAAGAAGUUGAUUUGUUAGACAGGUUUCACAUUGCUUGUAUAAAUGUUUUAAUGAAGAACUAAAACACCUAUAAUAGAACACAUCUUACAUCUGUGAUGUUUGGAUGGAUGGUUGAAGGUUGUCCAAAUUAAAACAGAUUUUUUCAUUAAAUAACUAAAUAUUUUUUUACAAACUCCCCCUUUGUGAUCUGAAAAYUAAGUCUCUUUUCAAAUUAAUCUUCAGAUAUGAUUUUUACUGAGCAUUUACCAGUUUCUCCUUAAUGUAGCUUUUAUCAUGUUUU